AUGCCACCCCCUCAUCAGAUAAGAGCAAAAGACAGUGGUAUAUUUCUCUCUGCGUCCUCUAGAGAGAAGGACGAGGUGCAGAAGCUGUACGAGUCUGAGCUGCUCUUCAUCGAGGCCUGUCUAAAGGUGAACCCCAAAUCCUACGGCUGCUGGCACCACCGCACCUGGGUAAACACGCACCUGUCCCAGCCUGACUGGACCCGAGAGCUCGUCCUCUGUGACCGCUGCCUCAGCCUGGACGAGCACAACCUCCACUGCUGGGAUUACCGGCGCGUGGUGGUCAAGGAGUCUGAUGUUUCUGACGAGCAGGAGCUGCAGUUCAGCACCGGCUCCAAUUUCUCCAACUACUCCAGCUGUCAUUACAGGAGCACGCUGCUCCCUCAGCUCCACCCACAGCCUAAUGACCCCGCCCCCAACACAAGCCCCUCCCCCUCCGCAUCUCAGACUCACUCAGGCAGAGUUGAGGGGCAGCUUCUUAAAGAAUAUGAGCUGGCAGAUAAUUCCUUCUUCACCGACCCCAACGACCAGAGCACCUGGUUCUGCUACCACUGACUGCUGGGCAGAGGUCGAGAGGAGAUGAUCAGCUGUGUGUAUGUCAGCCGGGAGAGAGAGAGGGUGUCUGUGGUCCUCUCCAAACCAUGCUCAAGAAACACACACAGAGACAGGGCUCUCCACACAGGCUGUGCUGAACGCUGGUGCAGAGAUGAUCAGGAGCUCUUCAGCAGUGAGCUGUCGGUCGAGAAGACUUCAGUGUUACAGGAAGAGCUUCAGUCCUGCAAUCAGCUGCUGGAGCUCGAACCGCAGAACAAAUGGUGUCUGCUGACAAUCAUACUCCUCACGAGAGCUCUGGAUCCUCUAGGCCAUGAGAAAGAGACUCACAUUUCAAAUUUUCAAACCCUUAAAGAAGUGGACCUGAUGCGCUCUUCCUACUUCUACGACACCAUUCUGAAAAUGGAGUAUGCAGAGGUGCGAGUGUUUAGCCUGUCAAAUAAGGUUUUUAUUUAUUUUGUAAAGUGCUUUUUACUAUACAAAUCGUUACAAAGCAACUUUACAGAAAAUUAUGUUUCUACAGUAUUUAGUAGUAGCUUAUAAGUGGUGACUGUCAGUUUGUGCGCGUAUGACCUAUUCCAGAGUUUGGGAGCCAAAUGUGAAAAAGCUCUACCUCCUUUAGUGGACUUUGCUAUCCUAAGAACUACCAAAAGUCCAGCGUCUUGUGACCAUAGGGAGCGUGAUGGGUUGUAGCUAGUUUAGUUAGGUAUGCAAGAGCUAAACCAUUAAGGGCCUUAUAGGUAAGUAAUGAUAAUUUGUAGGCUGUCAAAUA